AUGCUGCUCUUCAGAUCACGAACUGUGGGCAAUCGAAUGGAGCCGAGACCAUAUAAUGGUCCUGCAGUCGUAGCAACAGCUGAUGGUGCAACACCAAACAUCCAAAUUGUGUCGCAUAUGUACAAUAAACUACCCCGGAAGGCCGGUUUUAUAAGUUGGCUGUGGGGGUUUGUGAGCCGCCGCGGUGAGAGACAAGAGAAGGUACUAGAUCGAGGAGGAGAAUUACAAGUGAUGUUGAACAAUCAAGACCGUGUCACUUCUGGUGAUGUAUGUCUCUUAACCGAGAGCCCGUUUAGAAUACUCAGGGUAAGAAUGUCGCCAAGUGAUCGCAUGUAA